CGGCCAUGUGGCGCCAGUCUGCCGUUUCCAGCGCCGAAGUGCAACGCGCUCUUCACGUGCCGUCGCAAAACUAGCCUCGGCACGUGCUGGCGCUGUGUUGGUCUGACGCUGUGAACUCCUCUUCCUGUCCAUUCGACGUAUUGCUCGCUCACGUCCGGAGCAUGAUCCUGCGAGCAUGAGCGGCGCCAUGGAGAGCCUCAAGCACGCAGCCGAGCAGACCAAAGUGGUCGUCAGCCUACCGACGAAAUGGAUCAACAUGUACGGCGACUUCAUCACCAAGAACGCGGGCGCAGUUGGACAGGUCGAAGGCGCGCUGCGUUCGUUGACAUAUCUCGCUCCCGGAGGCAUGCGCAUGUCGGAUGUUGGAACAGAGGGCCUGAACUCGGGCGUGCAACUACUUUCGCUAUACCACGAUAAUCUGCUUUCGCGUGCGCUGGCGCAUUCCCUUCGAACACAACCGCGACACCAGAGUCCACACAAUCGCUACACCAGAUUCUACUGCCAAAAGAGCCCAACAUACCGAAGAACGGCGACUACUUUGACAGUGGUACAAUAUACGGAAUUGCUGCUGGAGAUGAUGGCGAAGAGGAAGGGUGAAAAGGCGAGAUGGAGACUCGUGGUGUUCUUGGAGGCUAUCAAGGCAGUGUGCAGAUUGAUCAUGAUGCGCUUGACAAACUCAAGACCGCUACUUAAUCCACCUCUGCCCGAAAGAGAAGUCGUCGAGGAGAAGCCAGCGCAUGAAGAAGAGGAGCUUGCGACUCCACCUUCAGAGCCCUCAGAGCCAGGCAGCGAACAAUGGACGAUGCCGCGGACCUCGCUGACCCUGCCGCCACUGCCGGAUUCUAGCGACAUCUCAUCUUACUUGCUUUCCAAGGUACUCACGGCCGACGACAUCAAGCCACCCAAACAACUCGUCCAUCGAACAUCAGGGUUUGGCGAGAUAGCCGAAGUCUUGUUCAUCUUGCGACCCGUUAUAUACGCCACGGCGAUGGCAUACUGGAGCCAACGAGAUGAUGGACGAUCGAGUGCGGAUUGGAGGCCAUGGCUGCUGGGAUUGAGCAUCGAGUACGGCGCACGUUCACUCGCGAAACGCGACCUCGACAACAGGCGACCCGGUGGUGUGGCGCGUGGUCUGACGCAGCUGGAGCGAGAGGAGAUGAAAAAGCGAGGCUGGUCACUGGCAUGGUGGACGAUGCGUGGCGCCUUCUACGAGAACAUUACCCGGACGUUCAUCCAAGGCACGGCGAACAAGCUGAAAGGCAAGCCGAUCUUGGACAUGGUCGGGAACUUCAUCGAAGACUACGAGUUUCUCUGGGACCAGUACUACUUCCCAACAGCAACUCUGUGAGGGAUGUCACAUUUCAUUGCUGUAGUUUGCUUUUGAGCGGGCGUCUAUCAUGCGGUUUGUCACGCAAAGGAGGGGCAUUAUGAACGAUUCAUUUGAUACCUAUGUAGUUUGUACGAUCACAACGCGG